GCCACGAAAAAUAUAGAUUUAAAAUUUUUACCUAUUUUUCUAUCAAAUGUAAAUCAUAACAGUUCCUUUUCCUAAAUUUAUUCCAACUUAUUAAAUAUUUCUUAAUAAAAUUAACCGUAAUGGCUAAAGAAGUGUCCAUGUGUACGCAACUGCAACAAUGGAACCCUGUGAAAGAGACAGCCGGUGCUCCAAGCGUGCCUCCGCAAGUUGGGUACUGUUUUCAUUCGCCCAAAAAGCACCCUUGGAGACCUAUUAUGGGAUAUGAGGAGAUUGAAGUCACACCGAUGCCAUCCCAACCGAUAACAAACACGAUGGUAGAUCCGUGCUAUACCCCCGCUGGCAUGGCAGCGGAGCCACUCCGCUUUCCGAAUCUGGUGACGGGGUUCGACCGCAGCCCGGAGCACGCGGCGCGGGCUGCUCUGUACACCAGAUACACGCAGUACGAGUGGAAUCAGAACAGCAUCAAGAACUACAACGAAUCCGACGCUAAGAGAAACUUCUCCGAGCGCGUCAGAAAUGAUAUCAUGAGAAUGCUUAGGGAAACAGACGAAAUCGGCACACAAGGUCAGCGGGACUCGGGCCGGAGAAUUGGAGAACGCAUAACCGACACCACGUUCUGGAGAAAUGAGGUCUCCAUUGAAAUGGAGCGCUUGGUGGCGACAUGUGAGAAGUUGAAUGAUACGCGACGGCAGCUGGAGCGAGCCAUCGCUGGCAUCGAAGGACCCCUCCAUAUAGUGCAGGAGUGCCUCUAUCACAGAGAGAAGAGGCAGGGUUUGGAGCAAGUACAUGAUGCAGUGGAGCAAUCGCUUCUAAAGGAGGUCGCCAUAUUGCGGGAGUGCCAAGAUAAGUUCAGGAACAUGCUUGAGAAGGUGCGCCAGCAGUCGAAGAACUGUCGCGCCACGCAGCACGAGCUGGAGACUGACAUGCGCAACAAGGAGUAUGCACUCGGUAUCGACUCCAUGUGCCACCAGCUAAACAACUUCUCAAAGGGCCUGCAGUACUACGCGGGUAUCGAGCGGUACGACCCCACGGUGUGCGACGCGGCGCGGUGGGCGGCCGCCAGCGCCGCCGGGCUGCAGCGCUCGCAGUCGGAGCGCGCCAAGGCCGUGCAGAUGCUCUCCGAUACAGAGAACCUAAUAAACGUGUCAGCGACUGAGAUAUGGGACCAGUGGAGCAACACGAACAGCGCGUUCACACGGCGCAUAGCAGAGACCAUCGAGAUCAAGAACAAACUGCAGCUCCAUCUGCAUAAGACCCAACAAGAGAUCUUCGACGUGGAGAAGACUCUGGAGCUGCUGAACAAGGCGAUAGAAGACAAACUGCAGCCAAUGAAAGUGGCGCAUACGCGGCUGCAGGCCAGGACCAACCGCCCCCAUCUGGAGAAGUGCCGCGACGAUGCCCACAACAGGCUGGUGAGGGAGGUGUGCGAGCUGCAGGACACGAUGGAGCGGCUGCGGGCGCGGGCGGCGGCGGCGGAGGCCACGCACCAGGCGCUGGUGGGCGCGCGCGCCGCGCUCGAGGCCGACCUCCGCGCCAAGGCCGCCGCGCUCUUCAUAGACCGCGACCAGUGCAUGGGGCUGCGCAGGGGGUACCCCGUCACCGCCGCCAUCAAGGCCUAGAUUUUGGACUUCUACUCGCCGCUAGCCCGACAUAUCAACAAUAAA